AUGUCGGAACCCCGAGUGUAUAUCUAUCGCGGUCCCAGGCGGAGGACCAUCAAUAACGAAGAGAAGAACGAGGAUGAUCAUGACGAUCAUGAUGAAUCCUCACCCUCAGCAUCUCUGCCAGCAGUUCCCAAGGACAUUCAUUUUGCCAGAGUGGACGAUCCAGUGACCCACAUUCCACCCAACACCUUUAAGGAUUGCAACGAUUUGGUUUGCAUUUCCUUUCCCAAUGGUUUGGUGGCCAUUGGGGAUUUGGCCUUUUGUCGGUGCCGCAUGUUGCGCGAAAUUUCCUUUCCAUCAUCACCGUUUUUACGAUCGAUUGGCAUUCAAGCAUUUAUGGAUUGUCGAAGGCUGGUCUCAGUCAAAUUACCAGAACAGAGUGGAUUGCAGGUAAUAGGGCCGGGUGCCUUUCAAAUGUGCUUUGAACUGACCGAAAUUGACAUUCCGUCUUCGGUCCGGGUGAUUGGAAGUUUUUGUUUUGUCUGGUGUUCCAAGCUGGCCAAGGUUAACCUACAAGAGGGGUUGGUGGCCAUCGGAGAAGGGGCCUUUCGAAAGUGUAGUUUGUUGGCGCAAGUACUUGUUCCGAAAUCUACCCGAGAGAUUGGAGACUUUUGCUUUGCGGAGUGUUACAACCUGAUUUCGGUGGAAAUCUCGGAUCGGUUGCAAUAUCUGGGACACGGGGCUUUUGCGGAAUGCUCUUUGCUGACCAAUAUUUCCCUGACACCUAUGGUAGAUCUCACUGGAAUGGAUCCGUUCUUCCAGUGUACCAAGCUGGUAGAAGCCUCCUAUACGAAUGAACGCUUGUGCCAACGAUAUGAGAAGACUUCGACGAUUCACCAACUUUGCUACGACCAAGCCUACGAAUCCACCCAAGUCUGUAUGGAACGAAUGCAAGAUGCCCUGAUGAAGUGCAAGAGUGCUGAUCCCUCCCGAAUGUGCUGGGUAGACGAAUGCGGGUUGACGCCGUUUCAUGUGCUAGGCAUGUCGAAACGACCCAACUCGUAUCUGUUUCAAGCACUGUUGCAGACAAGUCCUUCCAAGCAACUACUAUCCGCCAAGGACCGAUGGGGAAAGACUCCCCUUCAGUACCUGGCAAAGAGCCACUCCAAGAUUGCCAAUGAACUGAUUCAAAUGGUCCUGCAUCAUACCAUUAUCCAACGCAUUGCCUGGUUGGGACUGCCACGGUGGCGACGAGAAUUGUGGACUGCCAUUGAUGCAUUAGAACAAAAUGGUGUGACGGAACGAGCGAGGCAAAUUGACCAGCUGGAACACCGAUUGGCCGUCUUGGAACGACUGGAAUCCACGUCGCUUUUGGAAUUUGCCGUUUGGCAAAACAGUGUCCAACAGUAUUUGGAACCUCCUCCUGAUAAAAAUGACGAGAACGCAUAUAUGUUUGAUGUCGAAAAAUAUAAUCGGCUUCGUUAUGGAUGCCGUUUCAGCUGUGGAUCUGAGAUUAUCAUUUCCUCGGUCGUAUCUUGGAUAGAUCCAAUCGAGGAGUCAUCGUAG